AUGCUCGCUGUUUUCCGUCGAUCUUUGGUGCACAAACAUCUAUUUCGUGCUCGAUUAGCGCCUAAACGGACCCCGACGCAUACUCGAACUGUCUUGCCAAGGACUUUUACAACUUCAAUACCUCCACAAUCAACUCCAGCAGGCGGACAAAUUCAAAAUCGUCCAAAGAACAUCCUCAUCGUCAACAAACUACGAACGCAACCUGUUAUCCAUGCUAUAGCUGCCUUCCUUGACCACGUACAUGAAACUUACCCCGACGUGCGUGUAUUCCAUGAAGAUAGAGAUGAUAUACCUCAUGGAGCAGAGGUAUGGAAGCCGACCAGUCCAGAGAAAAUUGAUCUUGUCGUAACAUUGGGUGGAGAUGGGACAAUACUACACGCCUCUUCGCUUUUUAGCGCCGGUGCUGUUCCGCCAGUUUUAAGUUUUUCGAUGGGCACACUGGGAUUUUUGCUCCCUUUUCACAUUGAUGACUUCGACAGAGCACUGGAGAGUGUCUUUUCUGGAAGAGCAACCGUACUUCAUCGCAUGCGCCUUGCGUGUACAUUAUAUAACAAGGAUCUGUCGAAGAAAAGCAAGGACGGCGAUGAUUGGCAGGUCAUGAACGAAAUUGCUCUGCAUCGUGGCUCAAGUCCCCAUCUCAAUACAAUUGAUAUCUUUGUCGACGGUCAACAUCUUACUGAGGCAGUGUCGGACGGUUUGAUUGUAUCUACUCCAACUGGGUCUACAGCCUAUUCACUAUCUGCUGGAGGUCCAAUUGUGCACCCGUCUCUGAGUGCAUUGGUUCUUACUCCCAUCUGUCCCCGAAGCCUGUCGUUCCGGCCUCUUGUGUUCCCAUCUUCAUCGAUUAUCACGUUGCGAAUAGGUGAUCGUAGUCGCGCACCCGCAGGAAUUUCCAUGGACGGACGGUCGUCGCAUGUUCUUCAUCCUGGGGAAUCAAUAGUAGUUCAAGCGUCGCCCUUCCCAGUUCCAUGCAUAAACCGGUCCUCGAUUAUUUCAACAUCGGAUGUCGAGCAAAUGCGUCACAGCGAAGGCGCUGGACCCGGAAAGGAAGACGAUUGGGUCCGCGAUAUCAACAAUCUUCUCCAGUACAACGCAACCUUCAGAAGCAAAGCACUGCUGCGAUACUCUCGAACCUGA